AUGCUUGACAAUAUAGUCAAGAAAAAUCAAACCUCUAUAUUUACUUCAGUUGAAAUCUCAUAUGUAAAACUAUCAAUAUGGUCCUGGUUACUCUAUAUCGCUGCAUCUAUUGGAAGUUUAUUUUUUAUUACAAUGCCAGUACUAAGAUCUAAAUUGAGUAGACUAGUAGAACCUAACGAAUAUGCUAUUGUUUUCAUCGCUGCAGCCUUCAUUGAAGCUGGUGGUGACAAAGCGAUCGAUGCCGCAUCGAAUUCCAUCUACAAUGCAUCGCUUCGCUUCUGGCCUGGACUGGUCUUUUUUGUGCUCGCACUUCUAGGUAUCUUUCCUUUGCUUAUUAUGAGUUAUUUGGCGUAUACUGAAAAGAAAACAAUAACAAUCAUGGCAACAGAUAGUGGUGUGAAAGUUUGA